CAGCCGCGAAGGCGCGACCAGCAAAUUGGCGGCUCCCCGUGUCUUCUGUGCUUUCUCUCUCUCUCUCAUAGAACUCCUCUGCUGGAAUCAGGCCAUUUCUGCCCAGAGCUCUUCAGCGGCACAAUGGAGAACACAACAGCCGACCCGCCGCAACGCCCGAGGAGGCGUGGCUCGGGGAACCGGAAGAGGCUCCCGUUGCCAAGGGAACGCCGCGCGCCUUGGCGUCGGCUCCGCCACUGAUGCUCCCAUCCAGGCGGAAGCCGCCGGUUCCCCCAACUUUUAGGAGAAGCUGUGCUCAGGACCAGGGAGCCUUCGUAGAGAGGCAGCGAAAGGAAGGCUGAGGCUCCCAGGGAAGAUCCCACCGCGGCAAGGGGUAGAGGAGUGCGUCCAUUCCUGUCCUUGUCAGCCUUUGGGCUUUUGGAUUGGCCUCGAAAGAUCAGUUGCUUUGUAAAUAUUUAAAUCACAUUAUGGGAUUGCUGGACAGACUUUCAGGUUUACUUGGCCUGAAGAAGAAGGAGGUUCAUGUUUUAUGCCUUGGACUGGAUAACAGUGGCAAAACGACAAUCAUUAACAAACUUAAACCUUCAAAUGCUCAGUCUCAGGAUAUAGUUCCAACCAUAGGAUUCAGUAUAGAAAAAUUCAAAUCCUCCAGUUUGUCUUUUACAGUAUUUGACAUGUCAGGGCAAGGAAGAUACAGGAAUCUCUGGGAACACUAUUAUAAAGAUGGACAAGCUAUUAUUUUUGUCAUUGAUAGUAGUGAUAAAUUAAGAAUGGUUGUAGCCAAAGAAGAACUUGAUACCCUUCUGAAUCACCCAGAUAUUAAACACCGCCGGAUUCCAAUCUUGUUCUUUGCAAACAAAAUGGAUCUGAGAGACGCAGUGACGUCUGUGAAAGUGUCUCAGCUGCUGUGCUUAGAGAACAUCAAAGACAAGCCCUGGCAUAUUUGUGCUAGUGAUGCCAUCAAAGGAGAAGGACUCCAAGAAGGUGUGGACUGGCUCCAAGAAAAAACAGUACAAUCAGAUCCAAGCUGUGAAGACAUGAAAAGAUAGUCUCUGGAAACCUCAGCAGUUUUCAAUUAAAGGAGUCUAUGUAAGGCAUACUGAAUAAUCUCAAAUUUAUUUUUAAAGAUUUAUGCAUCCAAGAAUAUUUUACAAUAUUCUGCUUGCUUUUGUGGACUCUGGAAAAACUUUUUAAGAACUUAGGACUUGAGACAUUGUUAAUCUGGCCAUUAACUAUAUGAAAACUAACAUUACCUCAGAACGCCUUUGUUACUAGCUUCUUGUAAAGGUCUACAUGUUGUUGUAAUUAGAAUGUGUAAAUACCAGUUAUAAGCCAUCUCAAUAUCCUAUCAUGAUUUAUGAUAUCUUUAAUGUAUUUUUAUUUUUUAAUUGUCCUCUAAAAGUUUAGUUUAUUCUAUGGCUUUGAAGCUUGAAUUGUGUUAGUAAAACAGCUUUAAAGAGUUAUAAGGGAUCACAGGUAAUUGUUAUAUAUGUAAUUUUUAUUGUGUCACAAUCAAUAAAAAAUGAAAUAUACCAA